AUGCCUCCACCUAGGCUCCCUUCUGGGCAGGAAUCCCCCCCUUGGGAUCUGACGUCUGAACCGGCCGUCACAUACAAGCCAUCCCACGGGUCACGAUCCAUCUCCUACGAACAAAUGGCGGAUGAUGAGGACUCUUUAGAGGACUCGAUAGACUCUAGCACCUCUGCUGCUUCAUCACAUGGAAUUCAAGGCACCUUCCCCUCUAGUGAUCGUAUCAGGAUUCGAUGGGCGCAACCAAUGAACCGGAAUCAGGGGCUCGGAGUCCUUGCAGACGGCAGACGAAGAGUGGGAGUAGAGGACUCUGUUGGGUCACUCCAUUGUACAAUACUUGGUCGAGAUGAACACGAGCGAAUCAAAAUGAGACUCGAAUAUGAAGGUACCUGCAAGGCUCUAUGGUUCCCAGGUGUAGCCACGCAGGUUGGCCUCGAUGUUGUUCUAGACGCCAAGGGCAGAACCAUCUCAUGGGCUAGUGAAGAUGAACGAUGGGAGAUUAGCGGAGGACCGGGCCUCACAGGCUAUGAUGGGAUAGUCCCUGUUCCUUCUCAAGCCACUCCCAGAGCAUCUGAUGAAACAGAGAGCCACAUACCAAGACCGAGUCUUACGAGCACAAGGCUUUCAUCUUAUGGAGCGCCAUCUCUGUUACAAACAGCACUCCCCACCAAUUCCAUCCUACCUGACUACUCCUUCGAGACUACCCCUUCACCCACCGUUUCAAUGAUCAACUCCACUGGAACGCCGUACGGGAACUCAUCUACUUCUUCUGCAGUUGUCCUCGCCGUUGCCCCUACCAAACCAAUCACAUUGUUCCUGGACAUUGGCGACCUCUCUCCACCUCCUAGUAACGAAUUUAACUUCAAAGCCUCUGGAACUAUCCUAGUAGGGCCUCAUAAAGACAGUGACGAAAAAGAUGACGACGAAGAAAUCGAACUGCCAAUAUUCCGUAUAUUACCUGCCGCAAAGACUCGAAGCCAACUUCUUAUCUCCUCAGAAAUGCAACAAGGGAUCGAAGUUAUUCUGCCCCAAGAAAAGAGGCAGCUCAAAAAUGGAAUGGUCAACGGCAUCCGAACCCCACCGCCUCGUCGAAAGACUCUCAAGAGAAAAUCAACGAUCCAAGCGGAUGACGGUGUUUGUAUUAUCAUUCCAACACAACCCCUUAGCCCAGAACAAUCACCUGCUGCACGAUUACGCACUACCCCUCGAACACCCCAGCGUGCGCUUUCUCUUCGCACCCAACGGACGCCAAGAACGCCUGGCUCGACAUUAAUCUCGUCGCCUGUCGUCGGUGGUCCCCAUUCCAUUCCCUGGGUCCGUGCCAGCGUUACUCUUCUUCCCCCGUCAAAUCGGCAUUCGCACGCUGUUCAGUUCAGCGUACCCGCCGUUGCUGUUACGGAUGGUGUACUAUCGUUUGGCGUCUGCCCUCCCUCAUUCGUGCCUCAUGGGGAUGAGCCAGCUAUCGAAAUAGUGUCAGCCACUGCAGAUGGGAUGAGCCUUCAGGUUGAAGUAAUCACCCGUGCAUCAUUAGAAGAUGAGAAAAUGGGUGAUGGACGAGGUUUUCCCUUUGUGGACUUUACUACUGCUUCUGGCGAGCUAAAAAAGGAGGAAAUGAGCGACUUGGCUAUUCGGGAUAUGGACACCUGGAUACGUAUCGUGCUUCCAGACGAGCGAAUAUUCGGCAAUUUAGACAUUCAAUAUCUCGUCGCUCGUGAUCCAAAGACGAAGAACCAAAAGAAAUCAUCCAGUCGCUCGGAAAACCUCCUCAUUCUACUACCAGCCUUUCAUAUAGGAGUCGGAACUUAUGCGGUUGAUUUCCACCACUCGCAAGGUGA